AUUUGCUAACAUGGCCGCCUCGUGGCUGCUGAAGAGAUGGUGCUCCACGGCAGCUAACGUUACAGUGACAGCCAAGGGCACACGGUGGGAAAGGCUAAGAAACGGUCGCGCAGGUGUAUGGUUCCGCAGUCUUUUAACUGACUAUAAGGAGGCUUGUCGUGAGGCGGUGGUAGGGGCCCGUGAUCGACCCCUCAAAGCUUCAGUCUACCUGGGUGUUCUGGGAGGAAUGUACGCUUGCUGUUACACCAACCCUGAUGAUUCCUCCUUUGAGACCAGCCUGCUGGAAACCUCCAACCGCCUAGCUCUCCUGUCGCCAUGGAUACGCAGUGGCACCUCAGAUGGACACAUCCAGACCCUUGUGAAGCUGCGAAACGAGGGCAGGCUGCGCUAUGCCAGUCUGGGCAUCGCCUCUUUGACUUAUUACGCAGACUACGAUGCUGAGUCUAGCCUGUAUGAAGCGCGAUGCUCUGCCAUCUCUGUGCCCUGGUCCGAGCUGCAUAAGCGUGUGCUGGACGUGGGCUUUGCGGGACGCUGGUGGGUGCUUGAUCAUAAAAUGAAGGACUUUGAUAUAAACGAGGAGGAGUUCAAACAUCUUCCUCCCGCUCUGGUGGCAACAGUCCCACCAUCACCACAAAUAACUGAAAGAAACGAAAAGCUGCAUGAGGACUCAUGGAAAGCUGUUGUGAUGGAUGAGGAGAGCAGUGAGUUAGAGGGUGUACAGAAAGACAUGGACACAGCUGAUAAAGGAAAAGAAAGCAUCAAAGCAUAAAUGUAUUGAUGGACGUGGUAAAAUUAAUGCUGUUUUUCAUACAAGAAGGAUCAACUGUUAACAAGGAAUGUAGUAGGAGACAUUCUUGUACUACUAAAGACGAGGAAUGAUGAUUAGAAUGUGUUUAUGCAAGUAAAGAAACAUUUUACCACUAAAGAUAUGCAGAAAAGUGUGACUUGCUGCCUACAAGUACAUUAAAACAGCUGCAGUAUAUGCUGA